GAAGUCGAUAGAAAAACGCAGCCAUCUUGGAUUUUUAUAAACUCCGCGGGUGGUGUUUAUGAAAGCACGCUUUUCGCCUACCUUCGACCCGUACACGACGCAUUAAAAGGCAAACAGUUUGGCUAUGGCCGACGACAAGGUGCAGACGGCGGUGCCCGACGUGGAGGACGAUGAGGACCACCCGAACUACAAGCCACCUGCGGCCAAAAGCCUCAAGGACAUCGUCGAAGCCGACAAGGAGGACCCCUCGCUCCAGAAGUACAAAGAAACUCUGCUAGGGGCUGCCACCGCAGAAGCCAUCGUCGUUGAACCGAACAACCCUAACCGUGUUCUCGUGAAGAAGUUGGUGCUGGUCGUAGAGGGGCGGCCAGACAUUGUGCUGGAUCUCACAGAGGACUUCGACCAGAUCAAGAAGCGCACGUUCACCGUCAAGGAGGGCAUCCAGUACCGGAUCCGCAUAGAGUUCUUUGUGCAGCGCGAGAUCGUCACGGGGCUCAAGUACGUCCAGAAGAUUUACAGGCACGGACUACAAGUGGAGAAGAUGAACCAGAUGGUGGGCUCGUAUGCGCCGAAGAAGGAGAUCCAGUCCUUCACGACGCCGCAGGAGGACAUGCCGGCGGGCAUGCUCGCACGUGGCUCCUACACGGUCAAGUCGCUCUUCACCGAUGACGACAAGCACGAGCACCUCAAGUGGGAGUGGACCUUCGAGAUCAAGAAGGACUGGGACGACUAAAGACGUCGGAACCUCGGCAUUCAGACAAAGGAUCGGAAGCCGCAGCUCUGGUGGUUUCGCCCACGCGACCCUUCUCCACGGGCCAGUGGCAGCGCGCCGCUAGCGGUGUGAAAAGUACGCAUAAGGAUUGGCAGCGGGUGGCAAAACGGUGCAAGAAAUUUGUCUUCCACGGUGCCUGCCCUCCGCUCCUCUAGAGGAUCUAGAAAUGUCCGUGGUGUCGGUUCCACCCGGCCACCCAAAACCUGCAUAAGUUACGUACACGGUUCCUCCCGGCUACCCAAAACCUGCACAACUUGCGUACUUAGAGGAAUACCAUAUUGCCUACAAUCUGCUCAAGAAUUCAAUAAUAUUUAAGCUAAAUUAUAGCAAAAAUGCGGACUCGGCUGUGCAAGGAGGGUAGCUUUGCAUCGAUAUGUGAGGAUCAUUUAUGAAAAAAAAUUUCAAAAAUAUCAUUGGAGGUACUAGUUUUACGCGAGGAAAUACAUGAACUUGUUCAACAGAAAGACCUGUCUAGAAUGUUGAAGAGCAUAGCAAGAGGAGUGUCAACUCUAACAGUGGUUGGUGCAUUUCGUUGGCAACAUUUUCUGUAGCGUUGCGAGUGUGUCGUUGAAACUUCAGCUCACCAGUUUCCGCACAGACCGAGUUGUGCGAAUAUAGUGUUGUCACCCCACUUCCUAGAGUGCAGGUGAGGGGCUUUAAGAAAAAAAGCUAAAUUUCUCGCAUCGUUAGGCUCCGCUGCAUAGGGUUGUUGCUGUCGAUCGUAGAGUACUUCAACUAGUGGUGGUUGCGGAGAGGGCUGCAAAAGCUGUUGCACACGAGACCUGAAAGUUCUUGUGCACCAGAUUUUGUUGUUUGCUUGCUGGACGUAGCAAAAAAAUCGCUUAGGAGCUCGCUGCGUUUUCACUGGCCCUCUUCCCCUUUCAUUGGUUACUGAAACCGCAUUCAGUAUAUAGUAUUGCGUCUGCAAAAGUUUCCACGGCGUGAGUGAGAAGCAGAGUUAUGGCUAGUGACGUCUAAGUGUUCCGGUGUUUGUUGAUUCCGAGGUUGCAAGUUUUUGCGCUGUAACAAUGGCGCAUUGCGUUUGUUACAGCUUUCUGCACAUCACCUCUGUUUCAUGGGCCACAGCAAACUACUUAAGCGCACCUUUCGAAAUGGAGAGGCCGCAUGGUAAUGACACGUUGGACCUGGCAGAUCACGUCUGCAAUUUUGUUUGUUUCUCGUUGACGACACAUUUUUUUUUUUCCCACGUGCUCACAAAAGCAUAGCAGUUGCAGCCUUUUUUAUUGCUCAUAGACCAAACUUUAUUGAAAAAACGGCAAGCGGUAUGGGGUCGCGGCGCAUUGCCACUGGCCAUGGAGCGUUCGUGGGUUCUCGCAGAGUCGAACUUACAAAAAAUGGACAAUGUGUCUUUUUGUUCAUUUUUCCUUCCCGCUCUCGCUGUACAUAAUGUUGCUUCUUUUUUUUACUUUGAUUUUUAUUGCUCUGUUUCCCGUUGUUCCGGUGUGAUCCUGUUGAUAACUGCCACAUUUUCAUUUGCAGACUCUUUGGUCCGAGUGUACUGAUUUGCUCAGUUAUUUUUUAUUUUACGAGCCCGUUGUGCGCUUUAUUGCCCCUUUCUAAUUCCUUCUCUCUUUCAUGUUACUUAGGCUAAUUGUGUGAUGUAUGAGCCACAUGCAGCCCAAAGUCAUCCGAUGCCACCAUAUAUCAGAAGGGCGGUGGUUCGCUCACUGGGAUAAUGUUUGCAAUAUGCAGAAACAGCUUUGGGGCCUGACAAGAACCGUAGAUUGUAUGAGUAUUUUGAUGGCUUAUCGCGCAUGUUGAAAUAAAAAGAAACCUGGAAUGUUGGCCGGCUCCCUUUAAUUAUAGAAGGACAGUGUUUAGUAAGGAACUUUGAUGUGGCCACGCUCAACUUUUGUACGGAGACUGUUAGUCUAGUGACAGAUGCUGCAAGUGCACUAUGCAAUGCCAAAGCUGUUUUCUUGACAAAUCUCUUUUGGUGACAUUGAAAAUAUUGACACGCCUUCUGACUGCAUUGCAGUCUCGUUUGUGUAGUUGUAACUGCUUCGGUGUAAUGACCGUCUUGCACUUAAAGGGUGCCCCGACGUCUACGCAAAGUUUAGGGGAUAGAUAUCCUUGAAAGUAGUCAGCCUCAGAACACUGCUCUCUAGGGGUUCUUUCUGGAGUGUCACAUGUGUAUUAAAAGGAAUGUACGCACUAUUUUCAUUGCUUAGCAGUCGACGUAUUUGUUAGAUUUUUGGAUCAUCUAAGAAGCCAAGUACUUAUAUGUAAAAUGUGCAAUUUUUUUUUCAACUGCCACCAAACGUUGCCAAAUCGGUAUUGGCUGUCCAGCACCUUGUGGAUAGUUCGAACAUGGAAUGCCAGCAUUAAUAUUUUUCUGCUUGCAAUGCAGAUCGUACGUGCGUCCUGCAAGUCUCGCAGGUACUAUUUGUUCGCGGCAGUUUUUCUUUGCCAUUUGUGGUUGUGUACAGUUCCCAGCAACGCCUCACUUGAGAUUCGUUAGUCUAAGAUUCACAGUGCACGCUUGUUUCCUCUGCGCACAAUGCCGCUGCACCGCUUUACAGGUUUUGCAACACGACGUGUUUGCACCAUUGCAACAAAAUUUUAAAAAACCUGUUACGUGAGUGUCAAAUCAAACGUUGUCAUGCCCAAAUUUGUAAGUUCUUUUUCUCGCACGUGCCUUCGGUGUUUCCAUCACACGACGUGCCUGCACUUUUGAACGCGUUUUGAUUGAACUGAAGUUUUUUCUACACCCAUCUAAAGCUGUUGAACUGUUGUCGACACAAUGAUGUAGCGAUUGUAUAGUUUGAUGAAGCUUUUUCUGAUAGAAGACCCUCGGUAUUUUGCACAGAAACUGUGAACUAUGUGUUUUUGUUUGUUUUUUGUCAUUGUGCUAGCACUGACGCCAUCCACUGCAAUAAAGCGUGUGCAACAAAUUAA